AUGCCUGGACUCAUUAACAAGGAGAACCGAAGCGCUCUGCCCCUCAGCGUCUCUGACAUCACAUCCUGUGUCAGGGGUUACACUCUGGCCAUGACGGCAUCUAUGACCUAUGAAAAUAUUGAGGAUCAUGCAAUUGAGGGGAUCUUCAUUUAUCCGCUGGAGGAGAAUACUAUUGUUGUGGGGUUUGAGUCCAUGAUAUCCAGUCAGAUUAUAACGCUGCAAAUCAAAGACAAGGCAAAAAUUGACGACUGUUAUCUGGAUUGCUGCAACACCUCUAAUGGAGCCCUGCAGAGUGGCAGCGGACACAUAGUGAUUGAUGAGGACAUGGAGAGGACAGUGUUGGUGGUGAACCUCGGGGUCAUCCCUCCCAUGGAAACGGUCCAUAUUCUGGUUAGCACUUCCUCUGAGCUCUCCACGCUGCCCAACGGAGGCAUCAGUGUCUCGUCUCCACCGGUGUGCACACCGCGGGUACAGAGGAACAUCAACGAGGAGCAGGGACUGUCCCCGAACUUCUCCAGAAUGCGGGACAGGCAUAGUUGUGCCUCAAGUCCUCACGAUCAAACUCCCAACUCGCCUCAGCUGUGGUUGGCUUCACUUCUGGAGGAGGAGGCCAUCAACUCCAUGGACUACGAGUUCAACUUCCAGCUGGAGAUACGAGCUCCCUACCUCCUCGCAGGUGUGGAGAGCCCGUCGCACGCUAUCCGAGCUGAUGCGGACCCUCUGGCUCGCUCUGCCACCAGUGUCGUCAUCACUCUGGCUGACAAGUACACUUAUGACUGUCCUGUCAAAAUCCUCAUCUACCCUAGCGAGCCUCAUCUGCCACAUGUGCUCAUUGAGAACGGAGACAUGACGCAGGAGGAGUACGACGAGUAUCUUCACGGUCGGAGUGAUUUCAUAAAGGCCACCAAGAAGGACUCGAGCAACGAGAGGAAAGUAGAUAUCAUUCACAGACGGCUCCACAAGGACAUCCUCCACAACCCUGUGGUGAUGUUGAACUUUUGCCCCGACCUAAAGUCCAUCAGCUCUGAUCUGAGGAAGGUUCACGGAGAGUUUAUCUUCCUGAUUGACCGCAGCGGCAGCAUGAGUGGGGUUAACAUCAACCGUGUGAAGGACGCCAUGGUGGUGAUUCUCAAGAGCCUUGUGCCAGGCUGCCUUUUUAACAUCAUAAGCUUCGGCUCCACAUUCAAAUCACUGUUUACAACCAGCCAGAACUAUGAGGAGGAAGCGCUGGCCUUUGCAUGUGAGUAUGUCAGGAAGAUCAGAGCCGACAUGGGGGGAACCAACAUCCUGGCGCCGCUCAAUUGGAUCCUGAGGCAGCCGAUGUUCAGCGGACACCCCCGCCUACUCUUCCUGCUCACUGACGGGGCCGUGAGCAACACAGGCAAAGUUAUCGAGCUGGUCCGCAGCCAUGCUCGCCACAUCAGAUGUUUCACGUUCGGCAUCGGGCAGAAUGCUUGCAGGAGGCUGGUGCAGGGACUGGCGACAGUUUCCAAAGGAACCGCAGAGUUCCUGGCAGACGGAGAGAGGCUGCAGCCCAAGAUGAUAAAGUCUCUGAAGAAAACCUUGUCUCCAGUCCUCAGUGACAUUUCCAUUGAUUGGCUUUUUCCCGAGACCAAAGAAGUGCUGCUGUCCCCUGUUGGUAACACCUUCCUAUUUCCAGGGGACAGUCUGAUCGGCUACAGUGUGGUCUGCGACACCACCCGCUACCAUGCCAACCCUAAAUCUGAUAAGAGGAGGCGAUACAGCAUGAUGCGCUCCAUUGAGUCAGCCAGCUCCGUGUUUUACCACUCUCAAGAUGAGGACGCGGUGAGGACAGGUAGCGACAGUCAGGGGUCCUACAGGGACGCACCUCUGUAUGAUUCCUACCAGGAUGCCAUGACGGACAGCCCUGCAGCCACCGAGCAAGACACCACGGGUCUGGAUUGUAAGACAUCUCCAAGAAGGCGUGCAUACAGCACCAACCAAAUAACAGACUACAACCCAGCAAAGAAGGCCUACACUCCCAGUGAUCCCAGUUCAGUGGUGGCAAAGAAUCCACUGAGGAGAGCCAAAGUCCAGGAGCUGAUUGGCCAGAUGAGCGCUGAGCACGAGGCGCAGUGGAGGACCGACUACCAGCCGCAGCUGGCGAGCCUGUGCGCCACAUCUUCCAGAGGGCGUCCUGCCAGCUGUCACAGGCCGCUCCCUCAGCAGGAGCCGCCUCUGCAGCAGGAAGCCGACUCAGAGCCUCAUUUCCACACGCAGUCUCAGGACAACCCUCAGCCCAGCGGCGUCAGUGUGACGCCUACAGCUCGCAACUCCGCUGGGGAAGAUGGAUCCAGAUCGUCCACUGACAGCCCGUCUGUUGGCAGCAUGGGAGAUUCAGAUGGCUAUGGACACCAGCUGUGUCAGGCAGAAACACCACAGGAGACCCAAACUUCAGAUCUGGGUGCAGCCAACCACCUCAAAGGUGACUGUAAGGCUGUGGUGUCCGGGCUGCUGUGUGGGAAACCGGCAAAGUGGGAGGUCGUCUUUGAUAUCGAGCCCUACCUAAACGGCCGGGAACGUGAGGAAAAGGUCCAUGAGGAGCUGUGGAACGAGACAUUUCACCACAUGGCGGGACGCUCCAUCAUAUGCGACUUUGAGCACAUGGCCGAUAAGGAAUGCGAGAUUGAGCACGGCUCUGGCAGGAAGUACCAACUAUACGCUAUUCACACCAGCAAAGCCUGCAAUAUUCUGAGCAAAUACACAGCAUUUGUUCCCAUCGACCUCGACACUAAUGAGUAUUUGCAGACAUGUAUUGAAUACACAAACCCCGGUGAAGGUCUAAAGAGGGGCUCACACUCGAGCUCUCGUUCAGGGAGCAGGAAGAACAGAGGGUACUCCAUCGGACUGGGUCGCUCUCAGUCUGGCGGCAUGUCUGAGGAAGCCGAAGAUGUCCUGCUGCCCAACAAUGGAGAGGAGGGUGUCUCUCCGUGCAGCACCCCCUCCUCCUCCGGUUGGGAGAGAUGUAGCUUCACAGAGGUCUCCCAGAGGAGUCCGUCUGUGACCUCUGACCAAUCACAGAAAUCGGUGGAAAGCCUUUUUUCUGCCAGGUUGGCCCUCAGCAGGACUCGUCUCCUGACUCGCGCUGCCAAAGGAUUCAUGUGUCGAUCUCACAGCAAGUCCGGUGAUUCGAUUGGAGAGAGUGACAACGAGAAUAAAGACUACAUUCCUCUGGUGCUGCUGCAGUUGGCUAGCGGUGCAUUUCCCCUGGACACAGCUCUGUGUGAUGCCAUUAGCGUGCCCAUGGACAAGCUAAAGUGGACGUCUCCCUUCACCAGUCACCGCACCAGCCUCGGGCACCUGUCCCACUCUAGCAGCCGCCGCGCUGAGAGCGCCGAUGGCGAACGCAGAUCACUGUGUGAACCAGAAACAUAUCAACAACCUGCAGAGCACCCUGUAAGCAUCCACAGCCCGUCUCAUCCAUCCAAGAGCUCCUGGUCGGAUGCUGGUCCCUCCUCAUUAAGCAGUCUGUCCACCGCUGCUGAGCCGCUGCUCUCCCCACACUCCCAGGGGGACAGCGGACGAGGCUCCGGGUCAGGGGGCUUGGAAACAGCAUCGCCCGGUGGCAUGCUAAAGAGGAUGCAGGAUCCAGAGAGCAUGGUGUGGGCCACAGCUGUGGCCCUCGCCUGGCUGGAGCACAGCUCCGCCAGUCAUUUCAUAGAGUGGGAACUGGUAGCCGCCAAGGCCAGCAUGUGGUUGAGUGCACAGGAAAUCCCGGAAGGCCGAGACUUAGCCUCCGUCAAGGCUGCUGCCAACCAGCUCUUCAUCAUCCUCAGACACUGGGAUGAAAACCUGCAACUGAACAUGCUCUGUUACAACCCCAACAGCGUCUGAGGUCACUAAACCACGGCUGAAAACACAGACGACUGAAAGAACUCAGCUCCAUAUGAUACUAUGCUAACUGAAGCUGUACUAUUCUCUGUUUGGCAGUUUGUCCUCUGGAGUCUGAUUUUGCCGUUGCAGUUGUGAACGAUGUGUAUUUUCUUUUGUCCGUGUGCUGUUCCUCUAAACAUAUCACAGGCUCUUCAGAGGCACUAUGUGCAAGCUGUUACCUCGCUGGUGCCAUAUACUGUAGCUGGAUCCCUGUCAGCAAGGGAUCAGAUCAGAGCUAUGCCACAGAUUUGAGUUUCAUGACGACGAAUGUCAGUAUUAACUUAGUAGCAUGCUGGACCACUGACCAUCUGAGAAAAGCUCUUAUUGUCAUCAUAUUGAUGUUUUGGGGACAAUGCUGCAAAACAAAUGUAAGAGAAAACUGUUCCACUGAUUGACACGUGCUGUUUGUACAUCUUCACAUCAUUUCUUGGAUUGAUUGUGUUGUGGAAAAAAUGUUACAUGACAACAUCUGGGUACUUGCUCGCAGUACUGCCUGUCUUUUCUACUGCCUGUUACCAUUACAGUGUUCUUACUAUUUGCCAUUUCUUCAGUUUGAUUAAAGCAGACACGGAAAAAUAUGCAAACAGCUCAAGAGAACAUAAAAUAUAUGUUAAUAUUUGUUUGUUUAAAAAGCUAUGUGGCUUUGGUGGGAAUCUAUGAAUGUGUAUCCCACUAGCAUGUAAUUUACUGUUUAUUAUUUAAUGAGACAUACGGUUUAUAUUUUUUCAUUUAUCUGAGUAUACCCGUCUUGGAGUAGAGGUUUUGAUCAUGCUUUAGUUUUUCAUUUCAAAAAAAGUAACACAGACCUGGACUAAAGUCGGUAGCACUAAACACACGGUGCAACCACCACCUUGUUACAAGUUAAGUGUUCACUAUGUAUAAGGACGUUUUAGAAAAGGUUUCACCACACAAACCAGUCCUUACAUAGUUAAUAUAUUUACACCCUGUAAUUGCUGCAUAGCUAAUUAAACCAACUGACAAAGGGGACUCCCCAUCAUUGCAACAUCCCAAAAUACCAAAGUUCUGGUCAUCAACAAAACACUCAUUGUCCCAAGGUCAAUUUUCUUGGAAAAUGCACACUCCCUGCAGUUAGAAAACCCAAUUGUCAGAAAAAAUGUAUGCAUGUAUGUAUGUUACAUUUGUACAUUAUUUUGUAAAUUUGUGGUUUAGGCACAAAAACCAAUUGGUAAGUACAUUUCAUACCAAAAGGAAACCCAACGUGCUUUACAGAUUAGUAAAGUUAAAGUUCAUUGUAGGCCAGGCUAUUCAAUUUCAAUUUGAUCUAAAAAGUCAAAUAUCACAAAUCACAAUUAGCCUUGGAGGACUUUACAACAUACAACAUCCCUCUGUCCUUGAACCCUCACAGCGGGUAAGGAAACCACCCCACAACAAAAAACACCUUUAACAGGGAAAAAAUGGUAGAAACCUCAAGAUGAGCAACACAGGAGGGAUCCUGCCUGAAAAAACAUGAAAAAACAGGGACGGGUCGAUCUAAGACACUUGGGUCUGGUAAACAGCCCCUGAAACUAACUGCAGCGAGUGUGUAUUUUCGGAGAAGCUGGGCUUUGCGGCAAUGGGCAUGGUCUUUUCCUUAACUUAACCUAAGAGGUUUUGUUGCCUAAACCUAAACGCUAACCUCUUCUUUCAAACUGUGAUCGUUUCCCAACGUUCAAUAGCACCUGUUGCUGGUACUCUCCAAUGGUCAUAUGUCGUUUUGGGAGUCAUUUGCAGACGGCCUAUUUUGUCCUUUGGGUAUGAGGACGUGUUGGUUCUGUCAUGCUCACAGUUCAUCUACCGCAAGUGCCUAACCAAGGUGUAAAGUUGGCAGAAAAUGUAGAUCUGUUGAUUGAAUGAUUGGCCCCUUUCUUAAAUAUACAUUACGUACCCUUCUUUCUUUCUUAUUCUUUUUCUUGUGUGUUGCCUAUGUAUUGAUUUUCCUUGUCCAUCACAGUGUUGCUUUACUCAGGUAUUUAUUCAUUUUUUCACUCAGGCUGAGUUGCGUAAAUCCUUCUGCAUGAAAACAGGUGUUUGUUAUGAUGUUUAAUGACCGAAUUGCCACAUUGGAGCCGGUAGUGCAGUAUUUUGCUCUCUGAAAUGACAAAUACGAUAGAUGUCAUACAGUAAUUUUUUGUGCAGUAAUUGCAGUAGUAAGUGCAGCUGUAAUUGUUAUAAAUUGUAUUUUUUAUGUACUGGGUCAGUUGUAUAGUGCGGUAUCUUGCAACUUGCUGUGUGUGCCUUUAUAAAUGAUUGUUGACUGUUUGAGGCUGUUGAAAGCUUCUGUAGUGUCUUUAUAACUGUUGAUGCUAUGAUCAGCUCUGCAGGUGCAUGUAAAAAAAAUAAAAAAAUACUCACCAACCAAA